AGAUCCAAAAUUAGGAUUGGAAUCUAAUGAUAUAGAUCCAAAAUUAGGAUUAGAACCCAAUGAUAUAGAUCCAAAAUCAGGAUUAAAACCAGAGGAAAAUGAUUCUAAGCUAGAGAAUAAAGACUCAAUGUCUGAUCAAACCUUUGGUAUGAACCCAUAUCCAGGUGAUAAAGACUCAGAACUAGAUGAUAUGAAUCUAAUAUCUGAAAAGAUGAGCUCAACAGCUGAUAGUACUCAUAGGGACUCAAGGCCUCAUAUGAACACAGAUACAGAGCUUGGUGAUAUGGAAUCAAGACCUUGUGGUGUAAAUUCAGAGACCAAUGAUAUGGAAUCAAGACCUUGUGAUAUAAACUCCAAGCCUGGUGAUAUGAACUCAAAGACUGAUGUUAUGGGGGCAAAAUCUGAUGAUAUGUAUACAACACCAUAUGUUAUAGAAACAAAGUCUGGUGGUAUUGACACAAAGACAGAUGUUAUGGAAAUAAAGCCUGGUGAUAUGAAUAUAAAGACUGUUGUUAUGGGAGCAAAGCCUUGUAAUAUGAAUUUAAAGUCUGAUGAUCCAUAUUCACCAUCAUCAACUGCUUAUGUUGACUCAGAGCCUGGAGGUAUUGAACUAAAACCUGGUAAUCUGCACUUAAACCCGAAUGAUAUUGACCCAAAAACUGAGAAUUUGGAGUCAA